AAGAAAAAAGUUCCACACAUGAAACUUCGAAUGGUUGAUGACAGUGACUGCUGACUUGGUGAUAAUGAAGAUGAUUAUUGUGAUGUUAGAUACGAUGACGUUCGCGUCAUUUUGAGCUCUCGGAGGGUAUCGGCAGCGCCGUUCGCGCUGGCUGAAGACUGCUGACUCGAAAAUAUGUGGAGGAAAGUCUGCUGAGCAACAUCAAAUCGUAAUAAAUUUGGCAGGUGGAGCAAAGGAAAACAAGAAAACAUUGGAUCCAAAUCCAAUGACGACGAUUCGUAAAAAAUUAGUGAUUGUUGGCGAUGGUGCCUGUGGUAAGACGUGCCUCCUGAUUGUUUUCAGUAAAGAUCAGUUUCCUGAGGUGUAUGUCCCAACUGUUUUUGAAAACUAUGUUGCAGAUAUCGAGGUCGAUGGUAAACAAGUGGAGUUGGCCUUAUGGGACACAGCAGGUCAAGAAGAUUAUGAUAGACUGCGACCACUCAGUUAUCCAGAUACGGAUGUCAUCCUGAUGUGCUUUUCAGUGGAUUCGCCCGACUCAUUAGAGAAUAUCCCCGAAAAGUGGACUCCCGAGGUCAAACAUUUUUGUCCAAAUGUUCCCAUAAUUUUGGUAGGCAAUAAAAAGGAUUUGCGUAAUGAUCCUAACACUAUUCGUGAUCUUGCUAAAAUGAAACAGGAGCCAGUUAAACCUCAGGAGGGUCGCGCUAUGGCAGAGAAAAUCAAUGCUUUUGCCUAUUUAGAAUGCUCCGCUAAGUCUAAAGAAGGUGUACGAGAUGUCUUCGAAACUGCUACCAGAGCUGCAUUACAAGUAAAGAAGAGGAAGAAGACCAAAUGCCUUUUGCUCUAAAAGAGCAAGUCGUGACAUAAUACACUACACUCCCAAUUUUUAUUUCCUCUUUUUUAUAACGGGCAUCUUUUCAAAUGUGUAUUUGAUUGAUAACUUCUUGAUCACGAUUAAUUGAUUAUUAAAUAAUAAUCUUACUUCAUUCGUAUUUUAUUUAAAUGAAAACAAAACUAUAUUAUAAACAUGUAUUUAGAAUUAACAAAUAAUGUAAAAAAGCUAACAACUCAACAAAAUGCAUGAAAAAGAAAACUUUUUGCUUGAGAAACCCUGAUGAAUAAGAAUUUACAUAAACAUCGUAAUUUGAGAAAUGUAGGUACUAAAGUGGAAGUGAUAAUUAUGGGAGAAAGUAAAGUCGGAACUGCAACAAUUUUAUAACAAUCUACAUGCAUACACGCACACAUGCACAAACACGAGAGUGCAAGCAAGGGAACACUUUCAAAAUGUUUUUGAGUGUAUUAGUGUAGAUUUUGUUGAAUGUCUCCAAUUUUAAUUUUUUUUUAAUACGUUAGUAAAACUGAAACAAUAAACGACCACCAAAAUAAAUAUAAUAUGUAUUUGUGAAUUUUGCUACUUUUUACUACAGAAAAAAAUCUAAGACGAUCGAUGGUCAAUGAUUUUUGUAAUGUUUAAGUCAAUACUAAAACGCAUACUAUUCAUUGAAAAAGCAUUUGCCCUAGAGAAUCGUAAACAUGCCUCCAAUGACAAACAAUUUUCAGAAAGAUAGUCCUUUAUAUCAGAGGUUCAAAUCAUUCAAUUUCAAAUCAACCUAAUGUUUAGCAAUGGUACCAUAUAAAAAAAAGAAUAAGUAUUUUAAUAAUAAAGUAAACGAAUAAAAACUUAAGAGAC